UAAUUUUUUUAUCUAAUUGUGGGCUUCCAUUUUGUGUGAGUGCUGAUUGGUAGUGCCACAUUUAUCUGAGAUGUGCAGCCUAAAAAAAGGAACUUUCAUAAAGGACGUAACCCUAAAAAAAAAUUGCUACAUCGAGGUAAACCAAAAAUGGCAAGUCGUGACUUCGCGAAACAGUUUGAGUGGUUGUACUACUGGUAGCGUAGAAACUGUCUAAGGAGAACCGUUUAACUUACAAUGAUUGUACUUAUAUACC